UCCAAAAUGGCUACCAAACAGGAACCGGUCUAUCAAAUUUUCACAUUUCAGGACUGUAAAACCUCUCCUGACCCCAUUUUUGAACUCCCCGCCCAGUGCCUGGCCCCUACAUCGGCCCCUAUAGUGAUAGAUAACGGCUCCUUCCAGACCCGGGCCGGCUGGGCGGCUCCAGCGGCGGAGUUUGACUCUCCGCGGCUGCUCUUCAAGUCGGUGGCGGCGCGCUGCAGAGGGGCCGCCCGCAGCGAGACCCAGAUCGGUAACGAUAUCCCAAACCUGGAGCCGCUGCGGUGGCUGCUGAAGAGCCAGUUUGACCGAAACGUGGUGGUCAACUUCGAGAUCCAGGAGCUCAUGUUCGACUAUGUGUUCACUCACUUGGGCAUCGGCUCAGAGGACAGCGUGGCGAACCCCAUUGUGCUGACUGAGGCGCCCUGCAACCCGCUGCACUGUCGGCAGAUGAUGUCAGAGUUGCUGUUUGAGUGCUACCGCGUCCCGCACGUCUCCUACGGCGUGGACAGUUUGUACAGUUUGUACAACAAUAGCACUCAAAGGAACCUCCAGCCGCCACACACCGGCAUCGUCCUGUCCUCCGGGUACCACUGUUCUCACAUCCUGCCGGUUAUCGACGGCAGGUUUGAUGCGGUGAACUGUAAGCGCGUGAACGUGGCUGGGAGUCAGGCCGCGUCCUACCUGCAGCGCCUCCUCCAGCUGAAAUACCCAGGUCACCUCGCCGCCAUCACACUCAGCCGCGUAGAGGAGCUGCUGCAUGAACACAGUUACACUGCUGUGGAUUACCAAGAAGAGCUGGAAAAGUGGCGCAGCCCAGAGUUUUACGAGCGGGAGGUUCACCGCAUGCAGCUCCCCUUCUCGGGUAAGGUGCCGGGCGGCUGUGUGAGUGUGGAGGAGAGGCAGGAGAGACGAGCUCAGCAGCUUCGGCGGCUUCAGGAGAUCAACGCUCGUCGCCGGGAGGAGAAGCUGCUACAGGACCAAGAGAGGCUGGACAGACUUCUAGCAGUACAGGAACUGCUGGAGGACGGCCUGUUGGAUCACUUUCAUAAGAGCCUGGUGGAGCUCAACAUGGACUCGGCCGAGGAGCUGCAGUCGUACAUCAACAAACUGCAGCUGGCUGUGGAGCAGGGCAGACAGAAGCUGCUGCAUAGCGACGGAGUGGAGGGAAAGACUGAGGUGUCUGAGCUGGAGCAGCCGAUGGACGAGGGAGAUGGAGUGGCGCUGAUUGAUUCUGACUUCCCCGAGGACACGCUGCCAGAGAAACCUGCUAAUGUGGUUCAGCCCUUGUUCAACAUGGCGGAGUACCACCAGCUGUUUGUGGGGACGGAGCGUCUCCGGUGUCCAGAGAUCCUGUUCCAGCCCUCGCCAACCGGAGAGGACCAGAUGGGACUGAUGGAGACGCUGCAGUACGUCCUUGCCAGGUACACACCAGAGCAGCAGGAGGCGCUGGUGAGCAAUGUGUUUCUGACGGGAGGGAACAUGCAGUACCCCGGUAUGAAGGAGAGAGUGGAGAGAGAACUGCUGGCUAUGAGGCCCUUCCAGUCACACUUCAAGGUGAGAAUGGCGUGCCGGCCGGCCCUGGACGCCUGGUACGGGGCGAGAGACUGGGCCUUGCAGCAUCUACCUAGCGCAGAGGGAGGAGCAGCAGAGGGAUGGAUCAGCAGACAGGAGUACGAGGAGAAAGGGGGCGAGUACCUGAGCGAGCACUGUGCUUCUAACGUCUUUGUUCCCAUGAAGAUCGCCAAACCAGUUCCCGCUCGCGCCUCGGAGCCCUCCGUUACCACACUGACAUCUACCGGAGCUUCUGCUGCUGUCGCCAUGCUCACGUCUGACCUGCCUCCCUGCUGUUCUACUGUUGCUGCUCAUGUUACUUUGGUUUCCUCCUAAACUGGGAUCUCAGUUACUGUUGAGUCUCUGAUGUUCAAUGUAUUCUGGAGAUGAUUUUUGAAUGAGGGAAAGUGUUUACUUUUUUGAUGAACCCACUUUCAUUCAGUCUGACUUGUCUUCUACAUCGGUUGGUGACUUGUAAGGUUUUACUUUUUAACAAACCCCAGAGAGUAGCUGUGAACUUGAUACAAUCAAUCAAAGGUAAAGAAGACCUUGCUCUUUGAUUCUGAGGGACUCGAAAAUAAAAGAAAACGGUGGUCCUGCCCACACAUGAUUGUAACAGCGAUUAAUCAGUUGUGUCUGCUAUCGGGCCUUUCUCUGUGUGAAAUGUAAAGAAGCACAGCACCAAACAAUCACAUCAGCUCAGGGAUGUAAGGUGCAUUAGCUGUAGCUGUUUUUACAAUAUUAAGACAUAUAACUUUUCCUGUUGUCUACCAACAGGGGAAAUGGGAAUAGACUUCCUGUCCGGUCUCAAUCUUCAUCCAUCUGUUUUUGGACUCCUGUGAUUUUUGUAUGUUCUGACUGGAACUUUGUUGGAAAUACAGCUUUGUUUUGUUUCCAUGAUGCUUAGAGAAACCACAAGAGACCAUUCAUAUUGAAUGGUCUUUAAAGGUCUAGUGGGAAUAUUUUGGAUACUAUGUAAAUAGCAUUUGUUGUUUGUAUGUUUUUAAGGAAAUAUAUUUUCACUGAUGGAAAGAGCUGUUUGCUUUUAUUUGUAUUGCAGGUUGAGAUAAGUCAGGCAGCUGUCUGAUGCCACUGGUUACAGAGGAAAAGUCUAACUAUUCCUCAGUCCUGUCGUUUGUCCUUUUACUGCAGCUCACUUUAAAACCAAGUUUUAGUUUAAUUCCCUCGGUGUUAUCUACAAUUUAGGAGAAUAGAUUUUUUUUUUGUGGGCUCACAGCAUUGAACAAUUACAUGGAAAAAAGUUUUCUAUUUAUUUUUUUAAGGAAACAGUGUCCACAUGACUAUGAAUAUUAGCGAUGUAGUCUGAAUAAUGCACAUUGCAGUUUCCCAAAGCAUCUCGAAAUGCUUGUUUUGUCUGACCAACAGUUCAAACCCUAAAAAUAUUCACCUUACAGUGAUGUAAAACAAACGAGAAACAAAUCCUCACCUUUGACAUGCUGUUACAAGAGACUGUUUGCUUCUUUUUGUUUGAUAAAUAACUGAAACGUUAAGCCCAUUAAAUAUCAAAACUGCUAAUUGAUUUUCAGUUCAGACAAACGUAUCCAAACCUUGACCGAACAAUCCAAAAA